AUGCGUCUAUCGGCUCCCACAAUGAUGGCUGUGACCAGGCUUCUCCAGCCUAGAAGACUUCUACUUAUUCUGGUCGCGCUCAACACACCUCAUAGUUUCUGUGGGCCACGAACAAGCGAGGCUCAUCUGAUUGAGUUGAACAAAAUCAUCUGCAAUUAUCUCAAUCUCAACGCAGGUAUGCUCGUGGGAUAUGGCAACUAUUGUGGCAUCGGAGGAUUGAACCACUUGCCUCCGUUGGACGACGUUGAUGGGUAA